AUGGAAAAUUUCAUAGCCACUCAAACUCCGACUAAUAAGGAUUUCCUAAACCAAAACGUGCAUACUAAUGAGCAAAUCAGACAGUUAGCCACUAAAGUAGACGCGUUGGUCACUCACAACAAGAUGCUUGAGACACAAAUCUCUCAAGUGGCACAACAACAAGCACCUACUGCCGUACCUGUUGGGACAUUUCCAAGACAGCCACAACCUAACCCAAAAGGACAUGCUCAUGCUAUUAUUCUGCGAAGUGGUAGAGAGAUGGACGAACCGACUGACCCUAGGCUUAAAAACCCUGCUUUGUUCCAAAGCCCUAGUAAGACAACUGAGGAGGAAAGUAGACCCAAGGAUAAACCAAGUAAUCCGAAAAAGAAAGAGGACAAGGAAAGUGAGACGGAGGAAAAAGAAGCGCCAUACGUACCUCCACCAGCUUAUAAACCACCUUUCUCGUACCCUCAAAGAUUCGAGAAAUCCAAAAGCAUAGGGCAGUUUAAGAAAUUUGUCGAACUUCUUAAACAAUUGAACAUCACAAUUCCAUUUACAGAAGCCAUUACCCAAAUGCCCUCGUAUGCUAAGUUCCUAAAAGAAAUCCUAUCGAAUAAGAAAAAAAUAGAGGACAAUGAGACCGUAACACUCACUGCCAAAUGUAGUGCAAUAAUUCAAAAUAAAAUUCCACAUAAACUGAAAGACCCAAGGAGUUUCUCCAUACCCUGCAAUAUAGGAAAAUUUGUCAUACACAAAGCUUUAUGCGACUUAGGAGCUAGUAUUAGCCUAAUGCCUUUGUCCAUUUACGAGAAACUAAACAUGGGAGACCUAAGACCAACCAAGAUGUCAGUACAACUUGCAGACUGA